CCUUGCUUAUAAUGUUAGGAUAAGGUUUAGGGCAAGGGUAACGAUAAGGGUUAGGGCAAUGAUAGGGGCAAGGGUACGGUUAGGGUUAGGGUAAGGACGUCCCAAUGAUUCCUUAUAGCACUAACCGUACGUGGAAACCCCUCCGCCGCUAGGGAAACGCUUUCAGACCAAUCAGUGGUUGAAUGUGUGAGGAAGCGUGUGUUUACUUCACCCGUCAAUUUGAAGAGCAUUUAAAUUUCGUCUUACAAGGACCAAACCCGCAGACUUGCACUGAAGCGAUUACGGUAGCCACCAACAGGACGGACUCUCUGGUAACCGACCUUUUGCAGUGGAAUAACUCUUGAACCAUGAGCUCUGUGGCUGUGUUGACCCCGGAGAGCUUUGCCGAGCACCUCAGCGGAAUCAAAGACCAGGAGAUGACAGGCGGUGUACCCGAGGAUGAGGCCUAUAUCCCCACCUACCUGGAGGCCUUCCCUCCGCUCCCGGAGAAUAAGGGAGCUCCGGGGGACAAGUCUGGAGAGCCUGCCGGGGCGUGGGGCUCCAAGAUCAGACCCAUCAAAGCCUCUGUCAUCACCCAGGUGUUCAACGUGCCCCUGGAGGAGCGGCGCUACAAGGACAACAGCCAGUUUGGUGACGGGGGCGAGGAGGCCAAGGUGUGCCUGGACAUCAUGCAGAGGACGGGGGCUCACAUCGAGCUGUCGCUGGCCAAGGACCAGGGCCUCUCCAUCAUGGUCACUGGGAAACUGGACUCUGUCAUGAAGGCCCGUAAGGAGAUCGUGUCUCGGCUGCAGACACAGGCUUCGGCCACGGUGGCCAUCCCCAAGGAGCACCACCGGUUUGUGAUCGGUAAGAACGGUGAGAAACUCCAGGAGCUGGAGCUGAAAACGGCCACGAAGAUCGCCAUCCCCCGACCUGACGACCCCAGCCUCAACAUCAGAAUCACAGGCACCAAGGAGGGCAUCGAGAAGGCUCGUCACGAGAUACUGCUGAUAUCAGCCGAACAGGACAAGCGAGCAGUGGAGCGUCUCUCCCUGGAGAAGGUGUUCCACCCGUUCAUCGCUGGGGCCUACAACCGUCUGGUCCAGGAACUGUGUCAAGAGACGGGGGCCCGCGUCAGCAUCCCCCCGCCCAGCCUGCACAAGGACGAGAUCGUCAUCACCGGGGAGAAGGAGGCUGUCGCCCUCGCCAUCAGCCGCAUACGGGCCAUCUACGACGAGAAGAAGAGAAAGACCACCACCAUCUCAGUGGAGGUGAAGAAGUCGCAGCACAAGUACAUUGUGGGGCCUAAAGGCAACAGCCUGCAUGAGAUCAUGGAGACCACCGGGGUUUCUGUGGAGAUGCCCCCACUGGACUCCUGCUCGGAGACCAUCAUCCUGAGGGGCGAGCCGGACAAGCUGGGCCCUGCACUCACACAGGUCUACGCCAAGGCCAAGAGUGUGAUGGUGGUGGAGGUGACGGCCCCGGCCUGGCUCCAUCGCUUCAUCAUCGGAAAGAAGGGACAGAACAUCGGACGCAUCACACAGCAGCUACCCAAGGUUCACAUUGAGUUCACAGACGGCGAGGAGCGGAUAUCCCUGGAGGGCCCCACGGAGGAGGUGGAGCAGGCCCAGGUUCAGAUACAAGACAUCAUCAGAGAUCUGCUGGUGAGGAUGGACUACACUGACGUCAACAUAGACCAGCGCUUUCACAGACACCUCAUCGGCAAGAACGGAGCCAACAUUAACCGGAUUAAAGAGCAGUACAAGGUGUCGGUGUGGAUCCCACAGGAGCCGGAUCGAAGCGGCCUGGUCCGGAUCGAGGGUGACCCCAAGGGGGUGCAGCUGGCACGCAGGGAGCUGAUGGAAAUGGCACAGAGGAUGGAGAACGAGCGUACCAAAGACUUGAUUGUCGAGCAGAAGUUCCACCGCGCCAUCAUCGGCCAGAAAGGGGAGAAGAUCAAAGAGGUCCGGGAUAAGUUCCCAGAGGUCAUGAUCAAUUUCCCCGACCCGGCUCAGAAGAGUGACAUUGUGCAGCUGAGAGGGCCCAAGAACGAGGUGGAGAAGUGUGCCAAGUUUCUGGCAAAACUCAUCGCAGACCUGAUGGAGAACAGCUUCUCCCUCUCCAUCCCCAUCUUCAAACAGUUCCACAAAAACAUCAUCGGCAAAGGAGGCGCCAACAUCAAAAAGAUCCGUGAGGAGACCACCACUAAGAUUGACCUGCCCACAGAGAACAGUAACAGUGAGAUGAUAGUGAUCACUGGGAGGAAGAACCACUGUGAAGCAGCCAGAGACAGGAUCCUAGCCAUCCAGAGAGAACUGGCCAACAUCAAGGAGUCAGAUGUGACCAUCCCGGCCAAGCUCCACAACUCUCUGAUAGGCUCUAAGGGCUGCCUGGUGCGGGCCGUCAUGGAGGACUGUGGCGGGGUGCACAUCCACUUCCCCUCUGAGGGCUCCGGGUCAGACAGGGUGACCGUCAGAGGGCCCGCCGGGGAGGUGGAGAGGGCCAAGAGACAGCUACUACAACUGGCUGAAGAGAAGCAAGUGAACAACUUCACGGCGGAGCUGCAGGCCAAGCCGGAGUACCACAAGUUCCUGAUCGGAAAGGGCGGGGUGAACAUCCGUGGUGUGCGGGACAGGACGGGCGCUCGCAUCAUCUUCCCGUCUCCCGACGAACCGGAGCAGGAGCUCAUCACCAUCAUAGGCAGGGAGGAGGCUGUCAGACUGGCCCAGAAAGAACUGGAGACACUCGUCAAAAACCUGGACGACGUGGUGGAGGACAGCAUGGUUGUGGAGACGCGGCACCACCGGUACUUUGUCUGCCGGCGAGGCCAGGUGUUGAGGGAGCUGGCGGAGGAAUACGGCGGCGUGGCGGUCAGCUUCCCCCGCACCGGGACUCACAGCGACCGCAUCACACUGAAGGGGGCCAAGGACUGUGUGGAGGCAGCCAAACGAAGAAUCCAGGAGAUCAUAGAGGAUCUGGAGGCCCAGGUGAGUGUUGAGGUGGCGGUCCCCCAGCGGUACCACAGGGCUGUGAUGGGGCCUAAAGGCGUCAGGAUCCAGCAGAUCACCAGAGAUUACGAGGUGCAGGUCAAGUUCCCGGAGAGAGACGACAACAACACAGCAGAAACUCCAAAAAAGCCAAGUUCUUGUUGCCAUGGUGACGCUGCAGGACAGGAGCCCCCUCAGGAGAACGGUGACGCCAGCCCGGAGGCGGAGUUUGUCCUUCGCAAGUGUGACGUCAUCACCAUCUCAGGGAGGACGGAGAAGUGUGAGCUGGCAAAGAUCGCCCUACUGGCUCUGGUCCCCGUCACGGAGGAUGUUGAGGUGUCCUUUGAGCUACACCGUUACAUCAUUGGUCAGAAGGGCAGUGGCAUCAGGAAGAUGAUGGAGGAGUAUGAGGUGAACAUCUGGGUACCCCAGCCGGAGCAGCAGUCGGAUGUGAUCAAGGUGACAGGUCAGGUGGCCAACGUAGAGCGAGCCAAGUCAGGCCUGCUGGAGAGAGUCAAAGAACUACAGGCUGAACAGGAGGACAGGGCCUUGAGGAGCUUCAAGGUCUCCAUCUCAGUAGAUCCUAAGUUCCACCCCAAGAUCAUUGGCCGGAAGGGAGCGGUCAUCUCUCAGAUCCGCAAAGACCACGACGUCAACGUCCAGUUCCCAGAUAAAGGGGACGAACUGCAGGAUGUGAUAGUGAUCUCUGGGUAUGAGCGUAACACAGAAGAGGCGCGGUCAGCCAUCGAGCUGCUGGUGUCAACGCUGCAGGAGAUGGUCAGCCAUGAUGUGCACCUGGACCCCCGCACACACGCACGCAUCAUCGGGGCCCGCGGCAAGGCCGUCCGCAAGACCAUGGAAGAGUUCAAGGUGGACAUCCGGUUUCCCCAGCCGGGUUCAGAGGACCCAGGCAGGGUGACAGUGACUGGACUACCAGAGAGUGUGGACAACGCCGUCGACCACCUCCUCAAUCUGGAGGAGGAAUAUAUGUUGAGUGUGACAGAGACCGAGACGAUGGCUGCCUACAUGAAGCCCCCGUCCCGCUAUGGAGGGGGGGAGGGAGUUGGGGGUGGCGACAUCAGCGGGGGGGCAGCCAAGGGCUUUGUGGUGCGGGACGCCCCCUGGAACGACAAGGCUCCUGAUAUGAGUAAUGCUGAGGACUUCCCCACCUUCGGCGCAGGCCUGGCCCCAAAACAGACCUCCGCCUGGGGCCCCAAGAAGUUUUGAGACAUCUGGGAAAACGAGAGAGGAGAGGGAGAGAACAAACACUGGACAAAUCGCUACUCGCCUUCGCCUCCUCCCCCCUUUUCAUUUUUUUGCUCUUUCGCAGCUGUUACCCUCAACCAGCAACCCAGGAAGGCCAGAGGAAAAAAGAGCACGUCCUUAUCUCUUCUCCAUCUCUCCUCUAUCCCCUUCUCUCCAUCGCUCUUCCAUCCCCUUCUCUCCAUCUCUCCUCUAUCCCCUUCUCUCCAUCUCUCCUCUAUCCCCUUCUCUCCAUCUCUC